AGCUCUAGCCUCGGGUCGGAGGGCCACCGAGGUCGUUAGCAUCGUCGGUGUUAGCGGCAGGGUUAGCGGCAGUUUUCAGUGUUAGCGGCGGCAGCAGCGACGCUCAGUGUUAGCAGCAUCAAUUUUAGCAGCAGCAGCGGCAGCGUUAGCGGCAGCAGCCGGGCUCAGGGUCAGCGGCAGUGUUAGGCUCGGUGUUGGCAUCAUCAGCGUUAGCGGCAGCAGCCGGGCUCAGGGUUAGCAGCGGCAGAGGCGUCGCCCCCAGCAUCACCGCCGCCCGUCCCCCCCACCGGUCCUUCCUUCCGUCGGUCCAUCCUUCCGUCCACCCAUCGGUCCACCCAGCCAUCGGGCUGCCCGCCUAUUGUUCCCCGGGACCCGGCAGCUGGCGGUUGGUCGGGCCGGAGGAGGAGGAGGAGGAGGAGGAGGGAGUCCGGGCAUGGGGACCACCACCCGCAGCGGGACCAGCAACAGGACCGGUGGCACCAGCGGGACCGGUAGCAUCAGGACGACGCCGGGCCCGGAGGAUGAUGCGGGAGUCCCAGAGGUCGUGGCGGGGGUCCCGGGGGGCCACCGGCUACGAGCCUGCCUGACCGUCCUCCUGCUGAGCCGCUGGGCAGUGGUGGCCCAUGGGCAGCCCCCUCCCCCGCCCCUCUAUCUCUGGAAGACGGGUGCGUGGGGCAGGUGCAUGGGCGAGGAAUGCGGGCCCGGAGGCAUCCAGACGCGGGCGGUGUGGUGCGCCCACUCCGAGGGCUGGACCACCCUGCUGACCAACUGCAAGCAGACCGAGCGGCCCGACAGCCAGCAGGACUGCUUCCGCGUGUGCGACUGGCACAAGGAGCUGUAUGGCUGGCGUCUGGGGCCCUGGAGCCCCUGCCGCCCGGUGGGGUCUCGCGGCCUCGAGAAGCCCCCCGAGUGCCUCAAGGGGGAAGAGGGGAUCCAGACGCGGGAGAUCACCUGCGAGCACCGGGCCCCGGGCGGGUCCGGGGUGGCCGAGGACGCCAUCUGCGAGUACUUCGAGCCCCAGCCGCGCCUGGAGCAGGCCUGCCUCAUCCCCUGCCCUCAGGACUGCGUGGUGUCCGCCUUCACGCCCUGGUCCUCCUGCUCCAAGACCUGCGGGGGCGGGCUGCAGCACCGCACCCGCCACGUCGUGGCCGCCCCCCAGUUCGGCGGCUCGGCCUGCCCCAACCUGACGGAGGUCCAGCCCUGCCGGCCCCAGCCCUGCGUCGGAGAGGAGAGCGCCCACAGCUUGACCGUCGGGCCCUGGAGCGCCUGCGGCCUACCCCACCCUCGCCAGACCCGCCACGCCCGCCACGCCCGCCGGACCCGCAGGCAGGCCCGCUCCAAGGUGCGCGACCGGGAGCGGGACAAGGCGGUGAAGGACCCCGAGGCCCGGGAGCUGAUCAAGCGGAAGAGGAACCGCAACCGGCAGAGCCGACAGGAGAACAAGUUCUGGGACAUCCGGAUCGGCUAUCAGACGCGGGAGGUCACCUGCGCCCACAGGAGUGGGACGACGGCCGCUCUGAGCUUCUGCCCUCAAGACAAGUUGCCCAUCCCCUUCCAGUCGUGCGUCAUGGCGACGGAGUGCCAGGUGUCAGAGUGGUCCCACUGGAGCCCGUGUUCCAAAACGUGCUACGACGCGGCCUCCCCCCAAGGGAACCGCACCCGGACACGGACCGUGCGGAGGUUCCCGGUGGGUGGCGUCGAGGGCUGCCCCGAACUGGAGCAGGCGGAGCCCUGCGGACCCCAAGGGGAUGGACUGCCCCCCUGUGCCACGUACGGCUGGCAGACGUCCGAGUGGUCCGAGUGUCGGGUUGGCCCGCUGCUCAGUCAGCAGGACAAGAGGCGAAGCAACUUGACGGCGCUCUGUGGAGGGGGAAUCCAGACCCGCCAGGUCUUCUGUGUCCAGGCUAACCAAAACCUCCUCUCCUACCUCAGCACCCUCAAGGACAAAGAAGAAAGUCAGUCUCAAAGCGCGAGGAAGUCUAGUGCCGCACCCCUCCUAUCCAUCACGUUUGAAAUAACAGCGUCCAAGCCCGUGGAUCGGAAUUUAUGCACGGAAGCUCCUCCCAACACCACUCAACUCUGUCACAUCCCUUGCCCGGUGGAGUGCGAGGUGUCCGCCUGGUCAGCCUGGGGACCCUGUACCUUUGAAAACUGUGAGGACCAGCAAGGCAAGAAAGGUUUCAAGCUGAGGAAGCGUCGGGUGAGCCCGGAGCCCCCGGGCGCGGCCGGCGGGGCGGGCGGCUGCCCCCACGCGCUGGAGGCCAUCCCCUGCGAGGAGCCCUCCUGCUACGACUGGCGAGGCGGGCGGUGGGGGCCCUGCCAGCCGGAUCACGGACGCCCCUGCGGACCCGGGACCCAGGUUCAAGAGGUCGUCUGCGUCAACAGCGACGGAGAGGAGGUGGACAGGCAACUGUGCCGCGACGCCAUCUACCCGACGCCCGUGGUCUGCGACACGCCCUGCCCCAAGGAUUGCGUCCUGAGCGCGUGGUCCCAGUGGUCCUCCUGCUCCCACACCUGCUCCGGAAAGACCACCGAAGGCAGGCAGAUGCGAGCGCGCUCCAUCCUGGCCUAUCCCGGCGACGAAGGAGGUGCCCGGUGCCCCAACGGCAGCGCCCUGCAGGAGAGCCGCAGCUGCAACGAGCACGCCUGCACCGUCUACCACUGGCAGGCCAGCCCCUGGGGCCAGUGCGUCGAGGACUCCUCCGUGGCCGCCUUCAACUCGUCCGCCCGCUGGCACCGCCACGCCGCCUGCUCCGUGGGCAUGCAGACCAGGAAGGUCAUCUGUGUGAGGGUCAACGUGGGACAGGUCGGACCCAAAAAAUGUCCGGAAAGUCUUCGCCCAGAAACAGUGAGGCCUUGCCUGCUUCCCUGCCGAAAAGACUGUAUCGUGACUCCCUAUAGCCAAUGGUCUCCGUGCCCUGUCUCGUGUCAAGAAAGAGACACCACCAUAAGGAAGCAAACUCGAACCCGGGUCAUCAUUCAACUUCCGGCCAACGGGGGCCGCGAAUGUCCCGACACCUUGAUUGAGGAGAAGGAUUGUGAGCCCCCUCCGGUCUGCCAGGAAUACAGGUGGAAGUCCCACAAGUGGCGGCGUUGCCAGCUGGUGCCCUGGACCGUGCGCCAGGACAGCCCCGGUGCCCACGAGACGUGCGGACCGGGGCUGCAGGCCAGAGCCAUCAGCUGCCGCCGGCAGGACGGGGGCCCGGCGGAGGUGGGCGAGUGCCUGGGCCGGGCCGGCCCGCUGCCCCCGCUCACCCAGCCCUGCCAGAUCCCUUGCCAGGACGACUGCCAGCUCACCCCCUGGUCCCGCUUCUCCUCUUGCAACGGAGACUGUGGCGCCGUCAGGACGCGGAAGCGCCUGCUAGUCGGAAAAAGCAAGAAGAAGGACAUCUGCAAGAACUCACAGCUCUACCCAUUGCUGGAGACCCAGUUCUGCCCGUGCGACAAGUACAGGGCGCAGCCGGUGGGCACGUGGUCGGACUGCAUCCUGCCCGAGGCCCGGCCGGAGGGGCCGCAGGGGGCCAAGGUGCCGGGUGACGGCAAGGAGUGUGGCCAGGGCUACCGCUACCAGACCAUGGCCUGCUACGACCAGAGCGGCAGGCUGGUGGAGACCUCACGAUGCGACAGCCACGGAUACAUCGAAGAGGCCUGCAUCCUCCCCUGCCCGGCAGACUGCAAGCUGAGUGAGUGGUCCACCUGGUCACGCUGCAGCAAGUCCUGCGGGAGCGGAGUCAAGGUCCGCUCCAAGUGGCUGCGCGAGAAGCCCUACCACGGAGGCAGGCCCUGCCCCAAGCUCGACCACGUCAACCAGGCUCAGGUGUACGAGGUGGUCCCGUGUCACAGCGACUGCGGCCAGUACAUCUGGAUCGCCGAGCCCUGGAGCGUCUGCAAGGUGACCGUCGUGGACAUGAAGGACAACUGCGGAGAGGGCGUCCAGACCCGAAAAGUGAGGUGCAUGCAGAACACGGUGGACGGACCUUCGGACCACGUAGAGGACUACCUGUGUGACCCGGAGGAGAUGCCCCUGGGGUCCAGGGAGUGCAAGUUGCCCUGUCCGGAGGACUGUGUCAUGUCGGAGUGGGGCCCGUGGAGUAGAUGCUCGUUGCCCUGCAACCAGACCAGCUUCCGGCAGAGAUCGGCAGAUCCCAUCAGACACCCCGACGAAGGGAGGGCCUGUCCUCAGGGGAUCCAACGGGAGCCCUGUAGCCUCAACAAAAACUGUUACCACUACGAUUACAACGUCACAGACUGGAGCACGUGCCGGCUGAGCGACAAGGCCGUGUGCGGCAGCGGGGUGAAGGUCCGGAUGCUGGACUGCGUGCGUAGCGACGGGCGCUCGGUUGACCUGAGGUUCUGUGCGGAGCUGGUCCUGGAGAAGAGCUGGCCGAUGAACACGUCCUGCACGGUGGAGUGCCCCGUCAACUGCCAGCUGUCCGACUGGUCCCCGUGGUCCGCGUGCUCCCACACCUGCGGGCUCACGGGGAGAAUGAUCCGCCGGCGGACGGUGACCCAGCCCCACCAGGGGGACGGCAGACCGUGCCCGGCACAGAUGGAGCAGGCCAAGCCCUGCCCGGUGAACCCGUGUCAUCGCUGGCAGUACAGCCCGUGGUCUCCGUGCACCGUGCAGGAUGCGCAGUGUGGCGAGGGUAUCAGAACCAGGAACGUAUCGUGCGUGGUGAGCAACGGCUCCGUUGAGGAUGCCGGCAAGGAGGUGGAUGAGGAAUUUUGCGCAGAUCUCGACCCCGUGAUUGAUGGAGAGAAGAUGGUUCUGGAGAAACCCUGCACGCAGCCCUGCCCAGGCGAUUGCUACCUCCAGGAAUGGUCUCCCUGGAGCCUCUGCCAGCUGACCUGCGUCAACGGAGAAGAUCUCGGCUUUGGAGGGAUCCAAGCUCGAUCCCGGGCGGUGAUCAUCCAGGAACUUGAGAACCAGCAUCUCUGCCCCGAGCAGGUUCUGGAAACGAGACCGUGUGACGACGGUCACUGCUACGAGUACAAGUGGAUGGCCAGCCCGUGGAAAGGAUUGGCGCGGACCGUGUGGUGUCAAAGGUCAGACGGCUUAAACGUCACAGGAGGAUGCCUAGAGAUGCGCCAGCCGGAUGCCGACAGAUCCUGCAGUCCGUCUUGCAGUCAGCCCCACUCCUUCUGCAGCCAGAUGAGAGUGUGCAGCUGUGAAGAGGGCUACACGGAAGUCAUGUCGUCCGCCGGGAGCCUGGUGGAGUGCAGGCUCAUCCCCGUGCUGGUCGUCCCCACCGCCGCCGACAACGCCCACGACGCCCACAACGCCGACGACGCCGACGGCGGCCACGGCGGGGACGUCAAAACCAGCCGCGCCGUCCACCCCACCGAGCCCUCCGGCAGCCCGGCCGGGCGCGGGCACUCCUGGUUCCUUCAGCCUUUCGGGCCAGAUGGAAGGCUGAAGACGUGGGUUUACGGCGUAGCCGCUGGCUUGCUAGUAUUACUCAUCUUCAUUGUCUCUAUGAUUUAUCUAGCCUGUAAAAAGCCAAAGAAACCGCAGAGAAGGCAGAACAACCGACUGAAACCUUUAACCUUAGCCUACGACGGAGACGCAGAUAUGUAAAGCAGAACGACGACCGA